GGGGAGAGGUCGAACCGGUCAUACAGGUCGGACCGCCCAAAAAGAAGAAAUACGCGGUCCGAUUGGAAGAAGGAUUUGACGUAGAGAAGGUGAUCGACCGGCUGCUGGAAAGGCAUAAUUACCUCAUGACCCUGAAGGAAAUCCUAGCGUCAGCGCCGCGACUCCUCGAUGAACUGAAGGGGAGGUUAUCACGGCGCCUGGUGCCCAAUGUCCAUCUGGGUACGAUCCUGCCCAACGAGGCAGAGUGGGCAGAGUUAGGUACGAAGAUAAACUGGAAGUGUGUAGCAUGCGGUACGGUGGAUUUGAUGGUGAAGGGUUCUAAGUGCGCAGCAAUAGUGGACACCGGGGCAGAGAUGAACAUCAUUCGGGAGGCGGACGCGAUCAGAUUCGGGUUAGAUAUAGACCGUUCUGACUGCGGUAUUCUGCAUGGAGCCAACUGUAAGGCCGUGUUUUGUGGGACAGUCUCGAAUAUACUCGUCAGGGUUGGAAAGGUGAACGCCAGGGCAUGCUUCUUCAUAAUGUCAGACGUGGACCAUGGAAUCCUCCUGGGGAGGUCAUUCCUAAGCAGGACAGAGACCGUGAUGUUCAACAAACAUGACGGGACGUUGAUCCUCCUCUUAUGUGAUCCUGCCUGCGGAAAUUAUGAAAUAAUUACUUGCAGGAACACCGGGCCAAGGAGUAUAAGGAACCGGCCCAAUCCAGGAUCAUUCACAAUCGAGGAGUCGGAAGGGGAGCGCACUAGGCUCUGGGCAGAGCCCGAAGCAGGACAGGGGGUGGAAGCAUUUUCCCUCAGCCUGUCAGAUGUUGGGAAGGCCAUGGACCUGGUGGCCGCGCAUGAGAUGGCAGAUCCGGAUGCCAUCCAUGCCUUGAGGGGACAAAUUCUGGAAUGCCCUGAGGCAGGAAGGUUGGAACUGGUAUAUCGGCUCCCAGGCAGUGGAGGGAAUCCCGCAUCAGCGCAAACACAAUCUGACCUCGAAAAGGUCCUGAGCCUGCUCGAAGAGCAUAACCUCACGGCAAGCGGGGUCAAAUCCAGACACUACAUGAGGGGAGCGACUAUCUUGGGGAUAGUCUGCAAUGAGAAGGGCCGAAGGCCGGAUGUGAAGAAAACGGACAAGAUUACUGAGUGGCCGGUUCCGUUCCACUCAAUAACUGAUGUCAGGAGCUUCCUUGGUACGUGUGGAUUUUCGAGGGCCUUCGUCAAGAACUUUGCCGCGAAGACUAAACACCUGAGGAAGUUAGUCCGUCAGGAUCAGGAAUGGGUAUGGGGUGAGGAACAAGAAGAGGUGGUAGCAAAAAUGAAGGAGGAAUUUCGAGAAGGAGGGUUGGUGUUAGGGGCGCCAGAUUAUGACGCCACAGAGACGCGACCCUUCAUUGUCGAGACGGAUGCGGGACCGACUGCCUUAGGGGGAGUUCUAAUUCAGGCAGACAUGGAAGGGAAGGAAACACCCUUGCGAUUUAAGAGUCGGACUCUCUGUACGACGGAGAGGAACUACUCUCAGUUCAAGAGGGAGACCCUUACUGUCCUCCAUUGUCUGCGAAUCUUCUGGAAUUAUAUCUUUGGCAAGAGGUUUAUUUUGAGAGUGGAUCCGACCGCCCUGGCCUACUCUCUAAGGAAUUACGUUCCAUUGGAUCCGACGAUUGCCAGAUCGUUGACAUACAUCUGGAUGUUCAAUUUCGAAUUGAAACGGAUUCGUGGUAGCAAGAACCGGGCGGACGGGCUGAGUCGGAUCAGCAGGGAUAAGCAGGAAGGGGAGGAGGUGGAGAAUACGCCCCCAGUUGAUGGAUUUCUGGAUCAGGAAGAAGAUGUUCGUUUUCAUAUCAACAAAUGGACGCCGCGAGUGCCUAGCUGUGUAGGUUAUCCUAUCUGGCAAGCGCCGAAGGGGUAUGAAAGAAGGAAUGAGUUAGUCCUUAAGCCCUUURAAGAAGAGGAUCCCUGGGGCGGGAAUGUGGACGAAAUACCCGAGAGCCAGGAUGACGAGUUCGAAGAAGGGGAAAUAAAGGAGGUUUUUCGUACAGAGGAGUACGACGGGAUCUACCUAGAGUUGGGGCUUCUUCUGUCAUGUGAAAUGCGGCUAAGAGAUGCGAGCGAUAGGGCUCAAAGGAUGCUGCAAUGCUACCUAGUGCGAGACGGUCACCUUUUCGUGAGAAGGGAAGUGGGGAAUCCCAGGAGGAUCGUGUGCGGUAGGAAUCGUCAGAUCGACGUCGUAGCAGCACUACACGAUGGCAUUGCAGGAGGGCAUCGAGGGGUACAAGCCACGUCUGACUUUACGAAGACAGCCAUGCCAAGAGGAGGGAAGAGGACACGGCCGCCUCAGAGGCCGUUGGGCGCAUCAGGAGGAUAUGAGCGGCAUGGGCCUCGCCAACUAGGGAGUACUCCAGUCUACAAUGAUGGGGACAUCGAGCUAUUCCUGGACAAUUUUUGGGAGCAUGCGAGGAGUAUAGGCUGGACCGUCACUCAGGCGAUUGAGAGAUUGAGGGAAGCAGGUAGGUUCGAAGAGCCCAUUACCAGGAUUCGUAGGGAGGCGACGACGAGGCAGGAGGUGGAGAUAAGGAUGGAGGAGUUGCGACCCUCGCCUGUGGGACCUGAUGGCAGGCCGAUCCGCCUGGAAAUUGGAAAUGCGACAGGUGUCAUCCCCGCGUUUGAGUGGUUCAUGCAAGAGCAAGGCAUGCAGAGAGAUGAUUGGAUGCAGACGCUACUACUCUGGACCAGGAAGGCGGAAAGGCCACUGGCUAUGCAGAUCAGGGACAUGGCACGAGAUUGGGAAAGCUGCAGGGCACAUUUGAGAGAGGCCUUUCGACGGCCAGAGCUCCCUCAGCCCAGAGUUGAGAGGCGGCAGAGGAGUCAGAGGCCGAGGGACCCUGAKCCCAGGGAGGCGAGACCAUCUCGAGAAGGACGGAAGGCCCUAGCCAGGAGAGAGCAGGAGCCAGAGGAUGAGGAGCGAGGGGCAUACCCUGAGUGUGGGUUGGGGCCAGUGGAGUUCCAUCGUUUUACUGAACGUAGAUUGAGGAGGUCGCCAGCACACACACAGGGGAAGCCACCAGCGUCAGAGGGGCCCUUGAGGGAAUUGGAGAUGCAUUUAGAUAUCUCUCGGUGGAGGGCGUCGCUUCAGGGUGAGGAGCAUGGAGAGCAGGCAGAGGAGAUGUCACGAGAGGAGGUGCCGCGAGAGGAGGUGCCACAGAGGGAGAUACCACGAGAAGAGAUGCCACGGGAGGAGGUGCCACAGGAAGAGGUUCAGGGUACUCAGCGAGAGAGGGGGCAAGGCGAUGAGGGAAGACGUGCAGGGAAGGAAGUGAUAGAGGUUGGAGAGGACACGCCCCCACAGACGCCACCAGUGGGUUUGAGACUCGGGGAUGCACCAGGGAGCACCCGACAGGCAAAUGAGGGGUUGCAGAGAGAGGAGACCCCUUUACCUUCGUCAGAAAAGGCUCCUUCGCCAGAAGGGAGGGCAGAAAGGAGGAGAGAGAGGGCAGUUGUAAGGAGAGAAGCUUUGAUCCUGAUUGAUAGGCACCUAGCAGCUCAUGCCCUGGAGCACCCAGACCUGGAGGAGCCAGCACSUGCAGAGCCACGCCAGGAGUCAUGCCAGCCCGAGAAGGAGAUGGAAGCAGAAAUCCCAAAGAGGGUCGACCUCCGCACGAGGGAAAGGGUGCCAGCUGGAGAGACGGCUGAAGAAAAGAGGGCGAGACGAACUAGGCGGAUGGAUGAGAUAUGGCAGGAGAGGCAGAGGUUGGAGGCAGCAGGGGAGCUCCCGGUGUAGCAGCAAGAGAGGCAGAGAUCGGAGGCAGCAGGAGCACUCCCGGGUCAGCCGCCCAGCGCACCAGCUAGGGCCCCAGAGAUUCCUGAGAUAUGGAGGGACUUCUGGGAGCAGAGAGGAGAGGAGCUUCCAUCGCCAGUCAGAGCUGGGUUUGAGGUGGUCAGGAAGGCGGAAGAAAGGUUAGAUCGGAAAAUCAAGUUCCUAGCCAAGA